GUCAGUGUUAGCUAGGCUGAGGAGUGGAUAAGCAGCUAUCGCCUCUCCUGCUUCCAGCCCAAGGCGUUUAAUUUAUUCUGAGCAGAAGAAGCUAUAUAAAGCGCUGUUACGUGACGGGACCCGCAAAAGCACAUUCAUUUGCACUGCUGAGCAAUAAUGAACCUUAUAUUUGGUGGAACUGUAUAUUUGUAGGCGCUGAUACGCAGUCUAGGACCCCAGUUAAGCGAUGCCAUGUUAUGUUGUUGCAAGCUGUAGGAACUUUGUGCUAUAAGCAUCCGGGAAACUGCAUUUUCUGGGAUUUUCUUAGGAGAUAUUGUGCGUCAUGAUCACCGCGUUAUGAAAUGCAGUCAAAACAAAUGUUCAUCAGCAAGGGGGGCACGCCGAGCAAGGAGAUGCAGGGCUGCCUAUGUGCUGCAUGUAUGGUGAUGUGCGCUGAGGGGGUCGUGUUAUGGAAGCUGCCCCCGGCAUGAUAUACAAGUCUCAAAAACUUUGCUGGAUGGUUGUAGCCGUGCAACAGUUACCACUGGCCAAGAAGUGACCCUGUAGAACCCGCUCCCUUCCUUUUGGCUUUUGAUCUUCUCUAACCCCAGGAUGAAAGUGUUCCGCAGGAAGGCGAUCAUCCUGUGCCUGGGGUAUAUCCUGCUACUGGUACUUACCAUGCUCAACCUCCUGGAUAAAUGGCACAAAGAGCCUCAGCAAUGCAACGACCAGGUGAAGUACACUCCUUACCAAACACGCUCAGACAUCCGCUAUCUCUACCGACCCUCCCCUCCAAGGAAAAGGCAGCUGGUCUAUGUCUUUACCACUUGGAGGUCUGGAUCUUCUUUUUUUGGGGAGCUUUUCAACCAGAAUCCGGAGGUGUUUUUCCUGUAUGAGCCAGUGUGGCACGUGUGGCAAAAGCUAUACCCGGGGGACGCCAUGUCUCUGCAGGGGGCUGCUCGUGACCUGCUUAGCGCCCUCUACCGGUGUGACUUGUCUGCCCUACAGCUCUACAACACUGCGGGGGCUAAGAACAUCACCACGCUGGGCAUUUUCGGGGCAGCCACUAACAAGGUCGUCUGCUCCUUGCCCAUUUGCUCGGCCUAUAAGAAGGAUGUAGUGGGGUUAGUGGAUGACAAAGUGUGCAAGAAAUGCGCACCUCAGAGCCUAAGCCUACUGGAGGAGGAGUGCCAUAAGUACAACACCAUAGUCAUUAAAGGAGUGAGGAUCUUUGACAUUAAUGUGCUUGCUCCAUUGGUAGUAGACCCUUCCUUGGACCUGAAGGUCAUUCAUUUAGUAAGGGACCCCAGGGCAGUGGCCAGCUCCCGCAUUAAGUCUAGACAUGGCUUGAUCAGGGAGAGCUUACAAGUUGUUCGCAGCAGGGAUCCUAGGAUCCGCAGGGUCCCUGUUCUAGACCCUGGGCACAAGCUUAAUAAAAAGGAUGGUUCUGAUUACCAUGCAAUAGGAGCUAUGGAAGUGAUCUGUAGCAGCAUGGGAAAGACCCUGAGGACUGCCCUAAAUCCUCCGAGCUGGCUCAAGGGUAACUACAUGGUGGUCAGGUAUGAGGACCUUGUGGUGGAUCCCAUCAAAACAUUAAGACAGGUAUAUGGAUUUGUGAAUCUCUCUGUGAGCCCAGAGAUAGAGAAAUUUUCUCUAAACAUGACCAGUGGUUCAGGUUACUCCUCCAAACCAUUUGUAGUGUCUGCCCGUAAUGCCACCCAAGCUGUUAGUGCAUGGAGGACACUGCUUACCUACAUGCAGAUCAGACAGGUAGAGGAAUAUUGUCAGGUUCCAAUGGACAUCCUGGGCUAUGACACAGUCAGCAGUCAAGAGGAAGUUAAAGACCUUAGCAAAUCACUACUUAGGAAGCCCAUGUUGUGAGUAACUUGCAUAAGUGACAUUGCCUGCAAGAAGAUCUUGUUUACUGUACCAAAAGUCUGUAGGGGUUAAAUUUCAGUAUUUACAUAUGGUAGCUACAUCUGUCUUUAAAAUUAAUUUCCAGUAUCAUUGGAACUCGUCAAGGCAGGUCUGGGAAAUUUAACUUAAGUUUUGUUUUUUAUGUGGAGUUGAAUCGACAAGACACUACAUGUGCUUUUGGUAACCAUGAAAUAAUUAACUGCAGAUGCACACUGCAGCUGGGAUUAUUCUAUGGCUAACAAACGUAUACAGUGUUGGUAUAACAAACAUGGGCAUUAUGUGUAUUAAAGGUAUGGAUAAAGCUACCUUUUAUGUUUGAAUGCUAGUAUCCAAUGACUUAUUCCAACUCUGAACUUGUGUAAGACUGCUGCUUGAAAUAUCUGGGUUCUUGUUCAUAAGUAUACUACUGUAUAAAUGUACAAAUAAAACUUUGCAACUGGCCCACUCUGUAGGUAUUUGAUUAUGUUUACAAGGGCGAUUGCAGACAAAUGAGUGGUGUACAGUUAUUUCUUUGCACAUGGCAUGAACCCUCUGUCAGACCAUCAUUUAACACUACAGUAUGCGGAGUGGGAAAAGCAGUAAAUGUUACAAGUGCAGUUAAUAAAGACUAUAAUUUAUGUUUUUUUGUUAA